AUUGAACAAAACUGACAAUCAUUCCUUAAACCGCACUCAACCCACAACCAUGGUCACACCCACCACCGUAACAUUUUCCUGGUACGACUACCUAAUUUUCACGGGAAUGCUCACCGUCAGUGUAAUAAUCGGCAUUUAUUUCGGAUGCUUCGGCAGUAAGCAAUCCACAACAAGCGAAUAUCUGAUGGGUGGGAAAAAAAUGCACGUCUUCCCCAUCGCCAUGUCCCUAGUGGCAAGCCACAUUUCGGGCGUUACUUUACUGGGAGUUCCUGCCGAUGUCUACAAAUUUGGGGGCGCAUAUUGGCUGAGCGUCUUCGCCCUCGUCAUAGUGUCCCUUGUUACGAUUUUCGUCUACUUACCGGUGCUCUACCAAGCGCAAAUCACCAGUGUUUAUGAGUAUUUGGAAAAGCGAUUCGACCAGAAAACUAGAGUUUUCUCCUCGUUUCUCUUCGCAGUGUCUCAGAUUUUGUUCCUGCCGGUUGUCAUCUACAUCCCUGCACUUGCUUUCGCAGCUGCCACCGGAAUCAAUCUCCAUUUAGUCACACCAGUGAUUUGUGCCGUUUGUAUUUUUUACACCACUAUUGGGGGGUUGAAGGCGGUCGUCUGGACUGACACUUUACAGUUCACUGUAACUCUGGGUGCUGUUACCACAGUCCUGGUCCUGGGGAUUAAAGCAACGGGAGGUUUCGGUAACGUUUGGCAGAAAGCACUUGAUGGCAAACGACUCGACUUUUUUGAUUUUGAGCUUGAUGUUACACGAAGUGACAAUUUCUGGGCCGCUUUUAUUGGACUCACUGUCUUGUGGAUCUCCCAGUGUAACACUAGUCAAAGUUGCGUACAAAAACUCCUCUCAGUCCCGACCCUAAGUGACGCAAAACUGGCCACCAUUUACUACGGAGUUGGGAUGAUUCUGGUCAAAACGGCCGCUGUGCUUACAGGCCUUGUAAUUUACGCCCGAUAUCACACGUGUGACCCUUUCGAGACCCACCAAAUUACAAGAAAGGACCAGUUAUUGCCCUUCUAUGUCUUUGAUGUUGCAGGAAACGUUCCAGGCCUCUCGGGACUGUUCAUUGCAGGAGUGUUCAGUGCCGGUUUAAGCACACUUUCGGCCCAUUUAAACUGUCUAUCAGGCACGGUUUACGAAGAUUUCGUCAGUAAAUUACUACCGAAAGACAUAACAGAACGCACCAAAAGCAACAUCCUUAAGCUAAUUGUGGUGGUCUGUGGGGCGAUCUGCACCCUUUUGGUGUUUGUUUUCGAACGUUUGGGAGGAAUUCUGCCCUUGGUUAUCACCUUCCAAGGGCUAACCGGAGGUCCAUUACUCGGAAUGUUCACUUUGGGGAUUUUGUCUCGCCGGGCUACCAGUAAAGGGGCGCUGUAUGGAGGGAUUUUCGGGAUGGUAGCACUGGCAAGUGUUGUUAUCCCAGCCAAGUAUUUGCAAACUCAAGGAAUGAUUCACAUUCCGGCUAAACCCACUUCGACAAUCGGGUGCCAGUUUAAUUUUACCGAAAAUUAUUCGAAUCAAACGAUUGGAGAUGAUGGGGUUUUGCAAGUUUUCAAAAUAUCGUACUACUAUUACACCCUUUUGGGGUUUGCUUUCACCACGAUUUUUGGCAUAAUUGUGUCGUUUUGUACGAAGAAAGAUGGGACAGCUGUGAGCGAAAAGCUGCUAAGUCCUGUCGUUCGAAGGAAAGGGUUGGAGGAGGAUAAUUACAAUACUGUGGAAAAAGCGUUACAUUUGGUUACGCAAAACUCUGACAAAUUGUAAAUUGUUUGUAUUGAAUAAAAUGGAUACGAUUA